AGAGCGAGAAGAAGAACGUAGAAGAAGAACGGAGGCAAUGGUCUCUACACCAAGUAGCUCCAGAGGAGGGCAGUAAUGUUGUAUUGCAAGUCCAUAAUGCAGAAGGUCAGACACAGUUACUGAGCCUAUCAGUGUUGUUUGCAGCUCAAGCUAACUGUAGCUAUAAAACAUCUAAAUCAUAAGGUCUAUUUCAGCGAAUAUUAACAACGUGUCAAGAUAAUUCAGCGCUGAUACGUCUGUGAAAUCCACCAAAGUGAACAAAAGUGAGCGAGCGCCUCUGACCAGACCCGAAGAUGACGUCCAAGAAAGUGAUCGAGCUGUUCUACGAUGUGGUUUCUCCAUACUCUUGGCUUGGCUUCGAGGUCAUGUGCCGCUACAGAAGCGUGUGGAAUAUAGAGCUCAAACUGCGCCCUACAUUUCUGGGUGGCAUCAUGCAUGGAGCAGGAAACAAGCCCCCUGGUCUGGUUCCAAACAAAUUUCUGUACAUGACCAAGGAUCUGAAACGCUUGUCGGAGUAUUUUGAUGUUCCUCUGCAGUCUCCCACUGACCCCUUUGAGGCCAUGUUCCAAAAAGGCUCCUUGAAUGCGAUGCGAUUUGUGACAGCAGUACAAGAGAGGCAGACGGGUGGAGACGAGCAGGUGGAGCGGGUGUCCCGGGAGCUGUGGAGAAGGAUCUGGAGUGAGGACAAAGACAUCACUGAACCUGCAUCACUGUCUGAGGCAGCAAUGAAAGCAGGACUGUCUGACAGCGAGAUUAAAGAAGUGCUGAAGCUGUCCACCUCAAAGGAGAUCAAAGACAAGCUGAAAAGCGCAACACAGAAGGCACUUGAUUAUGGGGCAUUCGGCUUCCCCCUUGUGGUGUGUCACUUAGAUGGAAAGCCAGAGGUGUUUUUCGGAUCUGACAGAUUUGAGCUCAUGGCCCACUGCAUUGGGGAGAAGUGGCUGGGACCUCAGCCUGGCAAACCAGCUGCCCGGCUGUGAGAUACAGAGCUGCCUGACAAACAGCGUCGGUGUGCUCACAAAUCAUGUCUUUUCAUUUUAUCUCUCUUUUUCAAAUUUCAUAUUUUCUGUGCCUUCUGAAAACCAGGCUGCGUAUUUCAUAUAGAACUUAUUACAAAUAUGGGUGUAAAUAAUGUAACAUACCAUUGUACUGUUAAUUAUGUACAUAAUAAAAGGAACAUUGACAACUUCCAGAUGAAAA